AUGCUGCGAAAACCCAUGAGGCUGAGCUACAUCAUCAAUUACCGCGAACCGCCUAAAGUUUCUGCAAAACUCCAUCUCCUCACCACAUGCAGCUCUUUCAAUACAGCUCCCACUGCAUUGCUACCACCUGACAUCAGAGGUCUAUCCACUCCUGGAAACAACUUACUUGUGAUAGCGGCAACUGGCCUAAGAGUGAAGCCGGGGACUGUGUCAUGCUAG